CAUCACUCCGUAUGAGCGGCUAGGCUAACUGUAUCAGCUGUAUACUUGGUUGCUUCCGCCAAUGUAAACAUGUAGCCGGUUUUUCGAUUUAAUCCAAGUGCUGGUAGGCGGUUGUUAACCUGUUUGUCAGUGGUCCCAGCAAUGAUGGCUGUGUUCCUAAAAAUAGCCGCUAUGGAACCAGGGCAGUGUAGCGCGAGCUUAGUAAAUAGCUAACACUGAAUAGCUAGUUAUCUACCAGGCCGUGUUUUCAUGGGGCUAGCAUUGGUAAUUAAACAGUUUUCAUUGACAGCCACGCAAGGCUAAAACGGAGUUAGCAAAAACUAGGGAGAAUGGAAAGUAGUGCUAUCUAACGAGGACGCAUCAAGACGUACAGACACCAUGAAGAAGUCUAGAAAUGUUGGAACAUCGUCGCCAGUGAAUGGAAAGCAAGACUGGGACACCAGACGGAAGAGGAAAAUAGCGGAUAUCACACAGGCACUGAGUGUGAGUCCAGUGGACGUAGCAGCUCUGAGGAGGAUGGCUAUCAGUGAAGGAGGACUGCUGACCGAUGAGAUACGGUGCCAGGUCUGGCCUAAGCUCCUCAACGUCCCCCUUGAUGUCUUGAAUCAAGAGCCAGACACUGUAGACCGAGAAAAUAACAAAGACUACAACCAGGUGUUGCUGGAUGUCCAGCGUUCACUACGGAGGUUCCCACCUGGUAUGCCAGAUGAGCAGAGAGAGGGUCUCCAGGAAGAGUUAAUCGACAUCAUCCUCAGAGUUCUGCAACGUAAUCCCCAGCUGCACUACUACCAAGGAUACCAUGACAUUGUCGUGACCUUUUUAUUAGUUGUGGGAGAGCGUCUUGCAACUGCUCUAGUGGAGAAGCUCUCCACACAUCACCUCAGGGACUUCAUGGAUCCCACUAUGGACAACACAAAACACAUUCUUAACUAUCUGAUGCCCAUCAUUGAAAGGGUCAACCCUGAGGUGCAUGACUUCAUGCAACAGGCUGAGGUGGGUACAGUCUUUGCUCUCAGUUGGCUCAUCACAUGGUUUGGCCAUGUCCUAUCAGACUUCCGCCAUGUUGUCCGGUUGUAUGACUUCUUCCUGGCCUGCCAUCCAUUGAUGCCCAUCUAUUUUGCUGCUGUGAUCGUGCUGUACAGAGAGGAGGAGGUAUUGGAGUGUGAAUGUGAUAUGGCCAUGGUUCAUCACCUGCUAUCCCAGAUUCCCCAGGAUCUACCCUAUGAGACGCUCAUCAGCCGAGCAGGAGACCUCUUUGUACAGUUUCCCCCCUCUGAAUUGGCUAGAGAGGCUGCUUCACAUGAAAGCAUGGCAAGCUCUACCUUUAAGGACUUUGAACUUGCAUCUGCGCAGCAACGACCAGACUCAGUUCUCCGUCGCAGACGCAGACAAAAGCAGGCUGCACUGGAGAGCUCAGGAGUGAGCUCUGUAGUUGCAGUGGCCCAACCUUCAGCAGCACGGCGGUUUGUUCGACUUGCAGUCAUGGGUCUCACAGUGGCUUUAGGGGCAGCAGCUCUUGCUGUGGUCAAUACUGCUCUUGAGUGGGCCCCCAAGCUAGACUUAUUUCCUUGAACUGCUUUUCUUUUACACCAACACUCCAUGUAUUCUGUCCUCUACUAAAUCAAGCUGGUGGGUCUGCUAUCAAGAACCCUUUAAUGGUUUAAACCACAAACCGCGGAGUCGGCAACACUGUCUGGGUGCACUCUCUAAAGUCGAGGAUGUCUUUCUACUCUGUGUAGGGUUUGUCAAGCCUUUUUGCUUUGUAAUUCCUGAAUAGGCACCAGUGUAAAUGCUGCUGUUGUUCUGAAUUGAAGAAUAUAAUGAAGAGACUAUGUAUAAGAACCAUUAUUGAUGGUCAUCACGAAAGCUUAUUUAUAUUUAGUAUUAAAAUAAUUUGAAGGCAUUAUCCUCACAGGGAUUUGCAGAAAACUUGGCAGACUCACUACAUUUGAAACUGCUGCCAAUUACGAGCGCCUGAGUGAAUGUGUGUGUUUGUGUGUGUAGUUGAGUGUGUGCGCAGUCACAAACCAUUUGUAAUCUAUUUGAUACCUGGACCAAAUAGGGAAUUCCUGAAUUCUCGCUUUGUAAAAUUUACUGUUUGUUAAUUUUAAGGUAAGUAACUGUAUAGAAACAUGACACGCAGGCACUUUAAGGGUCACCAUUUCAUUAUUUUUAGAUCAUUUUGUGUAUUUCAUUAGUUAUGUUUAACCCUUUCAGUAAGCGUAUAAAGGUAUCUUCUCUAAAGGACCGAGUAUCUUUAACACAUCAGCAGCUGUUACCCAUGACUUGGUUAAAUGAAACUGGUCUUACAAAAGUAAAUACAUUGUAGCUUACUUGAAGUUUUUGUUUGCCUAAACAUAUAUUUGAGAAUAUGCCCUCGCAAUACAAUAUAGCUUUCAUCGCCCAGGAAAAUAGUAUAAGAGUAGCUAAGUGAUAACUUUUAAGUUAUUUAAUGCUUGCACACACACACACACCUGAAAAUGAGUUUGUGUUUUGUGUACCCAAAUAACUAGUUUAUGUAAAAAAAAAAAAAAAUUCUAGAGAAGAUGGUCAUAUCCUAAUAGUUCCCACAAUAUGGUCAUUCACCAAAUGCCUAGUAACCGUAAAUAUCAGAGGUGGAAUAAGUAAAAUUAAGUUGAUAUUGUUGUCUUCUUAUUAGCAGUAUAGCAGACCUGGCUUGUACUGACUGCAUUAGUUUUGUAAAAUCACUUUGAUUUGAUAGUUGCUUUUACUCAGUUUGUUUGGAAGGGUGCUCCUUUUAGAGAAGUGCCUGGGCCUUCAUAUUAAUUCUGUCUAAUAUUUUAGAUUUAUACGUGAUUUUUUUUUUGCUUGAUUUGAGCAGAUGCUCCUUGGUAAAGUGAUUUGAGUGUAGAAUUGGUCCACGGUACCAGAUUGUUCCAGUCAUUGACAUUAAAAUCACAUCCUUAAAUAAGAGAUUUCAUUUUAAUAGGGUUUCGUUUAUUGUCAGUCAUUUGAAAACCCACAGUUCUUGUUUCAAAUAUCAGCCUUGAGUUCUUGCCCCCUACCGGGACACAGAACUGGUAGUCCUCUAAAAACUUCUUAAUUGGGUGAAACUCAUCAAAGUGAUUUUAUUUGAUGCUUUUUUUCUAUGUGAAGCUGAAGGCUUGAUGCUCCAGUGCUGUGCUGUGUUUGAUUGGUUUAUUGGCCUUGUAUUGAGCCUCUCAUUCAGCUGGUAAGGGAUCUGCAAGCUGACUGAAAUGAAGGUGACUGGCACAUGUCCAAGGAUGCUCUUAUGCUCCUAAGAGCUUAGUUGUUGAGCAUUGUAAUGCAGGACGUAUCUGCACUCAGCGGUGUUCAUUUAUUUUCAUUGCACUAAAUGAUUUAUCUGCCUUUUAUGUUUAUUUUUGUUACUAUUGGACUGUCUACUAAUGUAAAGUUGUACAAGAGAAUGCUAAUAAACUAGAGUGAAAAGGUUUUAUGCA